AUGGCUGGACUUCUGUCAACAAAGACAUUAGAUUGCAAAGAUUUGCACAGUUACCUAAAGACAUUAUCAUCUUAUACAUUAGACAGACUCUAUAACCAUCCGGCAACAUGCCUGGCAGUAUUCAGGGAACUACCAGAGUUGGCAAAACACUACAUCAUGAGACUUCUUUUCAUUGACCAGCCAAUCUCACAGGCUGUCAUAGGACUCUGGGCCAACAACAAAUAUGUCAGUGACCACAGAAGUGCUGUUGGUGCGUUAUCAGACCUCCGUAUCUGGUACGAACAACCUCUACCUGGUGGAAUGCAAGGAUGGAUUAUCAACUCCACGUUUAAGUCAAACAUGAAGACUGCGCUGCUGGGAGGAGGUCAGGCAUGGUCUGGACGAGGUGCUGCCCCAUUACGUUCAGACAAAAACAGCAAGGACAUCCCAUUCUUGGAUAAAUAUGCCAUUGAAAGAUGGGAGUGUGUCCUACACUUCAUGGUCGGUUCAACGGAGGGCUCGGAUGGAGUGAGCAGGGACACAAUUGAGGUUCUCAAGCACUCUGGGCUCAUGAGAGUAGAGGAGGGUGACCCCAUGCCCUGUAUUACCCCUGCAGGGUUCCAGUUUCUCCUGAUGGACACCGGUUCCCAGAUUUGGUACUUCAUGUUGCAGUACCUGAAUAUGUCAGAUUCCCGGGGUCUAGAUCUGGUAGAAUGUUUGUCAUUCCUGUUUCAACUCAGUUUCUCCACCCUCGGAAAGGAUUACAGUACAGAUGGAUUAAGUGAUGGACAGUCACGAUUUCUGCAGCAUCUCCGGGAGUUUGGUCUUGUCUAUCAAAGAAAGAGAAAAGAGAAGCGUUAUUACCCCACCCGCCUGGCCAUCAACCUAGCAUCUGGUCUCACUGGUAUGGCUACUGAUGAAAACAGACAGGGAUACAUGGUUGUGGAAACAAAUUACAGGGUUUACGCUUAUACAGACUCAGCUCUGAACAUUGCCCUGUUGGCUUUGUUUUGUGAGAUGUUAUACCGCUUCCCAAACAUGGCAGUGGCGAACUUGAGCAGGGACAGUGUAAGAGCUGCUUUAAUGAGGGGUAUCACAGCUGAGCAGAUAAUCAGCUUCUUAAAAUCUCAUGCUCAUCCUGAAAUGUUAAAGGAGUCGCUCUCCCUCCCACCAACAAUCAUAGACCAAGUUAGAUUAUGGGAACUGGAGAGAGAUCGGUUCAAGUUUGACGAAGGGGUCCUGUACAGUCAGUUUCAAUCACAGCCAGAUUUUGAGAAGCUCAAAGAUUACGCAAAGGAUCAAGAUGUGUUGGUUUGGCACAAUAGCAACAAGCGUGUAAUGGUCGUCUCUCGCGCUGGUCACGAUUCUGUCAAGAAAUACUGGAAACAGAUAAAACAAUCUAACACUUGAGGGUUAUAAGGUUAUUUGUAAAUGACUUAAAAGGAACUUCAGAGAUGAAUGCAAGCUAUUUCAAAAACUUCGCCUAUCCGUGAAAUUCAGAAAUGUGCUUGGUAUUUACAGACCAGUGUUUGUAUAUGAAAAGAGGUGUUGAAAACAUGUAACACGCUAUCGAUGCGUUGACGACAGUCUAACAGUUGAGGAGACGAGGGGAUUUGUAAAUGACUUAAAAUGAUCUUCCGUGAUGAAUCUUAGCUAUCUCAGAAACCUCGCCUAUCCGUGAAAUUCAAAAAUGUGCUAAGCAUUAACAGAUGUGUGUUUGUUUAUAGAAAGAGAUGUUGAAAUCAAGUAACAGGUCAACGAAUGACCAACAAUGAACUUCAGAAAUGAAUCUUAGCUAUUUUUAGAGCGUUGUGUUUCUAUGAAGUUUAAUUUUUGUUUUAACAGGCAAGUGUUUGUUAAAGAAAAGACAUGAUGAAAACUAUUUCAAGCCAUCGAUACAUUGACGAUAGUGUUUAUUAAUGGAAACACAUGUGUAAAACAUGUAUCACGUCAUCGAUAGUUUGACAACAGCCUAACACUUGAGUGGACGAAUGACUUCAAUUGAACGUUGAUUCAUCACACUCAAGAGAUAGAAAGAUGAAACUUAUCUCUAGCUAUUUGAAUAACUUUGGUUUUCCGUGAAAUAUAAAAAUGCGUUAAGUCAAGAAAUGGCAUGGCCAUAGUGUUUGUCUGUGAGGAACCUGUAGAAAAAAAUGUGUCAUAUAAAUGAUACAUUGACAAACGUGUUACAGUGAAAAAAAUGUUUAAAUUGUUUUUACAAUCUCGUUGAAUGCCUCAAAAGACCAACGGAUAGCUUUUUCAAUGAUUUUGUGGAAUGUUAUGAGAAUGAAGUAAGUGUUUUGUGAAGAAAUUCUAGAUAUGACACACAUCAACACUUUGUUUUGGGAGAGGCCCUGUAAAACAUGUACCAAGAUUGUGAUACAUUCACAAUCUUUUAUACAGUGUAUAACUAGAGUGUUAGAAUUAUUUGUAGGCAGUAUGGUUUGCAAAGGUACAACUGCACAUUAUGGAAUUUGAAGAAACUUUUAUGGACACCCCGACAUACAACUGAACAUUAUGGAAUUGAAAGGAACUUUGAAGAAAAUUUUAAGUACAACUUAACACUAGGUACAACUGAGUAUUUAUGGAAUUUGAAGAAACUUUAUAGAAACUUUCAAGUAUAACAGCACAUUAUGGAAUUUGAAGAAACUUUCAAGUAUAGCUGCACAUUGUGGAAUUUGAAGAAACUUUAUAGAAGCUUUCAAGUAUAACUGCACAUUAUGGAAUUUGAAGAAACUUUAUAGAAACUUUCAAGUACAAUUGAACAUUAUGUAUUUUGCUGAAACUGUUAUGGACACUCCGACGUACAACUUAACUGAGUAUUUAUUGAAUUUGAAAAAAAACUUUAUAGAAAUUUUAAGUACAACUGAACAUUUGAAGAAAUCGUUAUGAACAUUCGACAUUAAACUGAACAUUACGGUAUUUGAAAAAGCACAGAAACUUUCAAUUAAAACUAAACAUUAUGGAAUUUAAAGAAUCCUGUUUAAGCCACAUUUGAAAACAAAAAAUGGAAAAUGUUGCCAUUAAUACUGCUGUCUUAUGACAUUUAAACACAAAAGCGUCAAUUAUUUGUGUUCAAUUCAAGUAGAGGCCUUGUUUUAUACUUAAUUAUUAUUUUUGACAUGGUUUCUAUUAUAAUGCUUCAGAAUGUACAUGUAUAUCCGAAUUGUAGGAGACCGAUACGAU